GCAAGUGUGCCAGUAAUGCUCAGGGAGCUAAUCCCAGGGAAGAGGUGAAAAUAACCCUGAAAAGUAUUAGCUUAGCAUGAACAGUACAUACCGAGGCAAUUCCCAGCUCUUUCUUAACACAGCAUCUCUGAGGUGCGGUUGCUUCCUAGUUACUGCAGCUUGGAUCCCGAGUGCUGGCCAAGCUUCCCCUUCCUUCCCUGGCAGCCUGCUUUGCUUACACUGGGGCAACCUGGGGUUUUUGAUCUGCGUGUGGCACUGAUUGCUGCUGCUCCUGAGGUGUGCCAGCAGCUCAGGUGGGUGAGGUGGAUGCACCACUGAGAACAUUUCAUUUGUAACAAAACAAAUGAGAACCAGGAACACAAGGUUUGUGCAGAUAGCAGUGAGCACUGUAGCAUCCUCAGUUGUGUGCAGAUAUGCAGGAGCUGUCUGCCUGUGCUGACAAAGCCUGCACAUCCAGGGCUGGAGGACUAAAGCUUUGAGGGUGAACUGUCUUCUUCUGUUCCUCUUAUGAGAGUGUCACAGAGCCAGGAGAGUGUCCUGCCGAGGUCAGGGAGCAGCACUGCUGUGGGGAACUCUGAAGCUUCAACAAGGUGGGGUGGCUCUGCGGGCACUAGCUGUGAGGCCGCUGGCACAUGGCUUCCAUGGGGUUUUGUCUUUGCAGAGCUUCCUGAGAGCUGGGCCGAUAUGCAGGAGCCACUGCUUGAGGGAAUGUGCUUCACCCUGAAGUAUCUAGGCAUGACUCUGGUAGAAAAACCAAAAGGAGAAGACAUGGCUGCUGCUGCCAUUCGCAGGAUUGUGGCCACGGCACGGGUGGGAGCUCGCAAGUUCCAGAAGGUGAUUCUGACAGUGUCUCCGAGGGGCAUCUCUCUGCAGGAUGCAGACACAAAGGAAAUGGUGGAGAACGUCUCUAUCUACAGGAUCUCCUACUGCACAACAGACAAGCUGCAGAACAAAGUCUUCGCUUACGUUGCCCAGAGCCAGGAGAGUGGGGCACUAGAGUGCCAUGCCUUCCUCUCACCCAAGAAGAAGAUUGCACAGGCUGUGACUCUGACCGUGGCCCAGGCCUUCCAGAUGGCACUGGAUCUCUGGGAAGCAACACAUGCAGGCUCUAGGCAGGAUCAGCCCUUUCACCCUUCAUGUGUCAUGGAGAGCAGUGAGCCCGGCAGACCCCGUGAGCCAGCCCCCCAGGGGAGCCCUCCCUUCAGACACCAGUUUGGGGUACAGAGGAGGAAGAGGAGGAGGAAGAUGAUAAUGUCGGUGAAAGCUUAUCUGGUUGAUGCCAGCCUGUCCAGACAUGCCUCUCCGAUGGGACUCAGAGUUGUCGCCUUCCUCUGACUGAUUUCCCUGGGGCUUGGACCAGGAUGAAGGCUUGGUCAUGCUGACUUCUGCAUGGACUGGGGCUGUGGUCUGAGCUUGAUGGUGUCUGUAGAGGAGCUGAUGGAACCAGUCCAGCAGUGGACUAUUAAUCUGCAGGUCUUUGCAGAAGUGCAGAGUGUGAGAGGCCUUUUCAUCGUGGCUGUUCUCCAUGUGCAUGGCAGUGGGACCCAGCUGGGGUCUGGCAGUGCCACAUGGCUGAGCCCGGGCUGAGCUGGUGCCAGCCAGGAACCAGUGCAUGCACAGGCAGGAGCUGUGUGUGCAACCUGAGGAAGUGGCGGCCCUUUGGACAUGGGGCUCCUGAUGGGAAGGAGAUGUGGCUAUGCAAUCUCAGGACAGGCUGGUCUGGGGAGGGAGUUUGGUAGCAAGUGGGCUUAAGGCCUUCUCCACUCCCAGUGCCCAGUGCUGCCUGCCUUGUCAGGGUCAGGAGUGUGCAGUGUCUCUCAGGAGGCCAUGCUUGGGGUAUGAUAGGUGUUGUGUUC